GGGCCAGCCAUGGACCAGCCCAAAGUGCGGUGGUUUCCGUGCUGCACGCCAAGGGAGGCCGCUCUUUUCGCAUCCCUUCGCGGGGUUGACUGCCUCGUUGCGUCCCAAAAGGUCAGUGUUUUCUCGCGUGGAUGUGUGUACGUCUGUGUUGGAUGUCUUUGGUUGCUUUGAUUGCCCGUCCCGGUUCUCGGUGCUUGGUUCUCCUCGCACUCCUUUGAUGGUACCGGCAAGAUGAGUCUACGUCUGUCUUCGCUCGACCCAAACGAGCCCCGAGCACUCAAAGACUGUCGGACCUGCAACCGGCGCAGGAUACGCUGUGAUCGGAGUCUGCCAACAUGUAAGAAAUGCGCCCUCAAGGAGCUGUCCUGCCCCGGAUAUGGCUUGAGGAUUCAGUUCGGGCAGGGAGUGGCAAGUCGAGGCAAACUGACGGGCAAAACGCUGCCUGUCCUCGAACCAGCUCCUCCUCCUCCGCCUGCUGUCUACCCCAAGGACAGCCCCAAAAGCGCAACCCCCGGGGAGUCUUCAGAUUCACGAGACGACGGCCUUGAUGCUUCGCAGCUGCUGGCAGGGAGCGAGCCAAUCGCUGUGCCACACAAACUCCGCAACGCAUUCCAACCCAGCUUCGACGAGACCACUCUCCACAAUCCCUUUGCACUAAACCUCGAUCUGUCAUCGUAUGCGCUGCCCCAGUAUCUACAAGGCAGGCCAGUCAGACAACUCAUUCACUAUUACGACCACGUGGUGGCCACGGUCAUGCCCUGGGUCGACGGACCAGAGAAUCCGUGGCGGACGCUGAUGCUUCCUCUGGCGAUGCAUUCGCCCUCGCUGCUUCUCGCUCUCCUGGCCCUCUCGGCCGAGCAUUAUAGUGCUCGAUCAGAAUCACCUUGGGCCGUGAACGAUGGGUUUGCGUCCCGCAACUACCGCGACAAAAGCCUGCUGCUCCUUUCCGAGGAUCUGCGGGCAGAGUGGACAGAGCAUGCGAGCGUAGCGCGUCACGCUCGAGCCAGCGGCAUAUUGGCGACCAUCCUGGUUCUCUGCAAUCUAGAGAUGAUCCGGUGCGACUCGGCCAUAUGGCGAGUCCAUUGGAAGGCUGCGAGGACGAUUACUCUGCGCUGGACAGCCCCCCAGCUGGCAACCACCGUUCUCGAUGAUACAUGCCGCUUUUUGAUCCAAGAAGCGUUCGUCUACGACGUCUUCGGCUCAUCCACCACGUUUGAAGACGACGAACAAAUCCCCGGGUCCGUCUUGACCGAACAAGACGCGCACGUCUUUACGGAUUGGCUGCAACUGGUCCAAGAGGUGACCUGCGCCGAAAGACAGCGCCACCGCAAUGCAUCGCCCGGUCAAGCUCCGCUAGACCUGGCAAAUAUGCGGGUGUUGCAAGAGAAAUUCGAUUACGCACGAAAUCGGUCUCUGGAGUUUAGCAAGAGUCUGGACUUUGGCACACCGGGAUUGCACAGCGACUUUGCAGUGCUGGUGGACAUUUUUCACUACGCUGGACUUGCAUAUAGCUUCCAGGCACUCCUGGACCCUCGGGACUUCGCUCCCGCCAUCGAGACCUGCGUCAGCGGCGUCAUCACCAAAAUCGCCGAGAUUCAGAACAAGGAGGCGUACCAGCACGACCUGGUGUGGCCUCUGUUCGUCGUCGGAACGCAAAGCAGGCUGAACAAGAACACCCAAGCGUUUGCCGACGCCAAGCUCCUCGAGGUGAUGAAGUCGACCGGCUUCUCCAACUGUGUCCCAGCGCUAGAGUUUCUGCGGCGCUUUUGGAAGAGUGACCCCAACGUGGCAGUCGACUGGAUGCAGUUCGCCCGACAGGAAUCGAGGCGUGGUCUGACUUUCCUGGUGAUAUGAGCCUCGAGGCUGGACUUGGACCGAUCACUAUCACACUUUGAGGGGGGAGAGUCCGGCCACUCGGGAAGCUGCAGGUGUGCUCAAUCACAUAUCGACCGUCUCCUCAUCCUCGACGCCAAAGAGAACUCGCAUUGGGUCUUGAUACUCCAUGAAUCCCACAGCGGGACGGCUGAUUCCGUAUCCCAACAGUCUCUGUGCUUGGGGAGGUAGUCGCUUCGCCUUCUCAGGAGGCACCAUCAGCAUCUGAUUCUCCGCCGGACGGUAGUAUGGCUUGCACAAGAAGAUGCCCACGGUCUCGCGAGCUUGAUCUCUAUUCUCUGAUUAGCACAGCGCAGGUGCCAACAUGCAAGAGCCAUGACUUACUUGGUGAUAUUUGCUCCUCCGGCAUGAUAAAGAUUACCGACGAAUAUGAAAGCGUCCCCCGGUUCUAGUUCGGCUGGAAUUGCUUCAUGAUCAUAGGGGCAGCGAUCUGGGCCCCAGAGGUGCGAACCAGGGAUGGCGAUUGUGGCACCAUUCUCCGCCGUGGUCUUGGUCAACGCCGUCACACAACCGAGCAUCAUGGGCAUGUCGCAGUUACGAGUGUGAUAGUCGCUGUGACAGAAGUCAGCAAAUGGUCCGGGAGACGCUGGAGCAGAGCAUGGCUCACCCGUCGUCGCGGUGUAGGGCCUGCUGCCUUCCACCUGGGUUUACUCGGAAACCGACAGUCGAGGAUAUAAUGGGCUUGGAAAACACCGUCUCUUGCUGCUGUCCGUUCCAGUAUGUGUACGUGGAAGAGAUCAUCUUGUUGGCUAUGUCGAUAUACGUGGGAUUCAUUGCCAGUUGGACACAGCCGUCCGACCGCGCCAGGAGGCCGGUAGCUCUCUGCGUCGUGUGGGGGAAGAAACCUGAGGGGUCGACCUUGUCUGUAUCAAAGUAAGGCUUCAACUCCGUCUUGAUCUGAGUAGCCAGUUCCUUAGAGAUGAGGUUCUCCACGACGACGCCGCCAUCUCGUUCAAUGAUCGACACUAGGAGCUCGGUCGUCGUGGCUGGAUCAUUUGCAUCACAGCGAGCAAGUGUUGGUUUGCUUGUGUCGCCAUUCGAAACCCCAGUGGACUUCUUUGACACCGCAAGCGUCUCAAUCAUGUCCUCAACAGCAAUGGGCGCCAUGGUAUCUAUGUGGACACGCCUUGAUAGAGACACGGACCUGAGGAAGGGAGAGUAGUAGCAGGCCUUUGAUCUGGCCGAGAAUGUUGACAGAGUUCUCAACGUCUUGCCAGCUGCAGGGCGGAAGACUGAUAGCAUCGACGGAAAGAUAGGGUUUCUUUCGCAGGAGUAGGCGCCCUUUGGGAUUCAUAUAUAGUC